CGGAUUUGAUGGAGGAUGAUGACAAGAGGGAUGAGAUGAUGAUGAUGAUGAUGAUGAUGAUGACGCGUAAUAAGAAUAAUGACUCUUAGAUGAUUGUGAAAGACGACAGUUUGCCUGGUGUUGUUGCUAUUGCUGUGCUGCUGCUGCCUGAGGUUGUUCUUAUCGGUUAUCGAUCUCCCAGGGGGAUCUGCUCUACCUACACCUGGGGACGACAGAUCCUGUUGUGCUGCAAGUUGUCCAGAUAUCCAAGUGGUUGGGAUACCUCAAGAAAGAAACUUGUUGGGUCCAGAUGUUCGGUUCCCACUUUCGACCCUCUGUGCUCUUGACUGAU